AUGAAAGGAACAAUAUAAAUAAAACCAAUAACAGCAAAACUAACAAGAGAUACAGAUUAUUUUGAUAAAAUGGAUCCAUAUGUAAUAGUAAAAUUAGGUUCAACUAAAUGGAAAUCAGAAGUGGCUUACGAAUAAGGAAAAAAUCCUAGUUGGUAAAAAUCAGAAACUUGCAUUAGGAAAAAUAAUGAAACAAUAAUUGAAAUUGAAGUUUGGGAUAAAGAUACUUUAUCAUAAGAUGAUAUUAUAGGAGCUGGUUCAAUAGCUAUAAAUGAAAUUGAAAGAAAAUAAUAAUUAACAGAAUGGGUAAAUUUAAACCAUAAAGGUAAAUGUGCAGGAAAAAUAUUAAUUGAUUUUAAAUUUAUACCUGAUGCAAUUAAUAAUAACUUAAAUCCAAUUAAUGUUUUAAAUCCCAAUCUUUCUUAAUAACUACCAUAUAACAUAAAUAAUGGUAUAUAACCUUUAUAUCCUUUUCCCUAAUAUAAUUAGUAAAACAAUUAUCCUUCUUUAUAAUAAAAUCCUCCCUAGUAAUUUUGUUUUCGACCUUAAUAAGGAUAUCCUCCUUAAUAAUGUUUCAAUUUUUAAUAAGAUUAACUUCCUCAAUAAAUUUAUAUUCCUUAACAAGGUUAUUCUCCUUUAUAGUCUUUUCCUCCUCAAUAAAGUUUAACUCCCUAAUAAGCAUAUCUCCCUUAAUAAGCAUAUCCUCCUUAAUUUAGUUAUCCAUAACAAUAAGUAUAUCCUCCUCAAUAAGUUCAUCUUCAAUAGGGAUAUCCUCCGUAAUAAGGAUAUCCUGUCUAAUAAGGAUAUCCUGCCUAACAAGGAUAUCCUCCUUAAUAAGGAUAUCCUCCGUAAUAAGGAUAUCCUCCUUAAUAAGGAUAUCCUCCUUAAUAAGGAUAUCCUCCUUAGUAAGGAUAUCCUCCUUAGUAAAGAUAUCCUCUUUAAUAAUGA